AUGGCCCCGUCGCAUCCAUCUCCCAACGCUCUCCCCCGACGACGGCUGGAGGAACAGGGGCAGGCGGCAAUGGGAAGGGCGGGGUGCGCGGUGGAGAUGGUGACGCGCGAGCGAAGCAACAAGGCAGGGCAGCGCCGAGGAGGAGGCAAAUCGUGGAUGCGGCGCUGCCACCGAGAAGAAGGCACGCAGGAAGUCGGGCCGCCGCCGGGAAGAAGGCAAGCGGGAAUUCCGGCCACCGCCAAGGAAAAAGGCGGGGAUGAAGGGGGCGGUCGUGGCUCGCGGGGGGGGAAUAGGGCGGGGGCGGCACGUCCGGAGGAAGGAGGUGGGGGUGGGCGCGCUGGAUCGGGGCAGGAAGAAGGUCUGGCGCACCGGAGGGGAUGGGGUCGGGCGGCACGCCGGAGGGGACAGGUGGGGAUGAGCCGGAGAAGACGGUGUGGGGGCGCGCUGGAGGGGACAGGGUGGGGGCGCGCCGGAGAGAACAGUCUGGGGGCUCGCCGGAGGGGAAAGAGUGGGGGGCCACCGCAGGGGAACUGCAGGGCGCCGCCGGCCGCCGGGAAUGUCGGGGAUUGGGGAAAAGUUUGGGAGAAGGAGAUAAGGCAAGGGUGGGGUGGGGACGUGUGGUGGGUUGACGACGCGGUUCAGCUUCUUUCGGCCUGGGGUCGAGUCCGUAGAAACUAA